CGCUUUCCAGAUGGAGUCCUAGGGCGCUGACUGCUCCCCAGUUUCCGUAGGGAAGCGCCUGGCUACUACUGCUUUUGUGCGUAGCGCCUUCGCCCUUCUCUUCCCACUGCCGCUGCCCUGUUGUUGAGAGGAAAGCUACAUUUCCUUGCUGCUAGGCUUAACCAUUUAAGUGCCGAACUCCACAGCGUGCCGGCUCCCAGGAACAAGUAGGCGGUCUCUGCAGCUACCGAAUUGUGGGCGACAAGCCCCGAAGACCCAAGGAAGACAACCGAAGGGAGCCUGUGCUGUCGAUCGGUUUCGGAGUUGGGGCUCGGCCCGCGGGAAGCGGCGGCAUUGGCUUUAAGAAGGGGGAGGGGGAGGCGCGGUCCUCCGCUGGGGAGCCGGGUAAGGAAGCCCAGACGAGCUCGAGAGCGCUGAGAGGCGGCCCCCGCGUCCGCGCUUUCCCUGCCUCCACCCUGGGCCGCCCGGAACGCUGCGCUGCGCUUUGGGGAGGCGCUGACCAGGGGGCGUGCUGCUUGCUAGGUUGCACCCUGCCGGCGUCUGUCUGCGUUGGUAAGCACUCCUGGUCACCCGCAGCCACCGCCGCCGGACUACGAGCUCCUGCUAUACACCAGCGGGCGCUCCCAAGAGUUUCAUUGGAACAGCCCCUCUGCUAUCACAACCAUGGGGCAUCCCCCGCUGGAGUUCAGCGACUGCUACCUCGACAGCCCGGAUUUCCGCGAGAGGCUCAAGUGCUAUGAACAGGAGCUGGAGAGGACCAAUAAAUUCAUCAAAGAUGUGAUUAAAGACGGCAGCGCGCUUAUCAGUGCUAUGAGAAAUUACUCUUCUGCGGUUCAGAAGUUUUCCCAGACACUGCAGUCGUUUCAGUUUGAUUUCAUCGGGGACACACUGACCGAUGAUGAGAUUAAUAUUGCGGAAUCAUUCAAGGAAUUUGCUGAAUUGCUCAAUGAAGUAGAAAACGAGAGGAUGAUGAUGGUACAGAAUGCUAGUGACUUGCUGAUCAAACCCCUGGAAACUUUUCGGAAGGAACAAAUAGGUUUCACAAAGGAGAGAAAGAAGAAGUUUGAAAAGGAUGGUGAAAGGUUUUAUUCAUUACUGGACCGACACUUGCACCUGUCAUCCAAAAAGAAAGAAUCUCAGUUGCUAGAGGCAGAUCUCCAAGUGGAUAAGGAAAGACACAAUUUCUUUGAGUCUUCUCUUGAUUAUGUCUAUCAAAUUCAGGAAGUCCAAGAGUCAAAAAAGUUCAAUAUCGUGGAGCCAGUCUUGGCCUUUCUUCACAGCCUCUUCAUUUCCAACAGCUUAACUGUGGAACUUACACAGGAUUUCCUCCCAUACAAACAGCAGCUGCAGCUCAGUUUACAGAAUACGAGAAAUCAUUUCUCCAGUACCCGAGAGGAGAUGGAAGAACUUAAGAAAAGGAUGAAAAAAGCUCCUCAGACACGCAAACUUCCAGGACAGCCAACCAUUGAAGGCUAUCUCUACACACAGGAGAAAUGGGCUCUAGGGAUAUCCUGGGUGAAAUACUACUGCCGGUAUGAGAAAGAGACCAGGACACUCACCAUGAUCCCUACGGAACAGAAGCCAGGUGCUAAGCAGGGACCCGUGGACUUAACUUUGAAGUACUGCGUGAGACGGAAGACCGAGUCAAUUGACAAGAGGUUCUGUUUUGAUAUAGAAACUAAUGAAAGACAAGGUACCAUCACUCUGCAGGCGCCUUCAGAAGCCAAAAGAAGGCUAUGGAUGGAAGCCAUGGAUGGCAAAGAACCUAUCUACCACAGCCCUAUAACAAAACAGGAAGAAAUGGAGCUGAAUGAAGUGGGGUUCAAGUUUGUCAGGAAGUGCAUCAAUUUUGUUGAGACCAAAGGGAUCAACACGGAAGGGCUGUACCGCACCGUUGGCAGCAACAUCCAGGUUCAGAAGCUGCUCAAUGCCUAUUUUGAUCCAAAAUGUCCAGGGGAUAUUGAUUUUCAUAAUAGUGACUGGGACAUUAAGACAAUCACAAGCUCCUUAAAAUUCUACCUCAGGAAUCUUUCCGAACCUGUCAUGACUUAUAAGCUUCACAAAGAGCUCGUGUCUGCUGCCAAAUCUGACAAUCUGGAUUACCGUCUGGGGGCUAUUCACUCCCUAGUAUAUAAGCUACCAGAAAAGAACCGGGAGAUGCUGGAACUUCUAAUCAGACACUUGGUAAAUGUGUGUGAGCACAGCAAAGAAAAUCUUAUGACACCUUCCAAUAUGGGGGUAAUCUUUGGGCCCACCCUGAUGAGAGCUCAAGAGGACACAGUGGCUGCUAUGAUGAACAUCAAAUUCCAGAACAUUGUGGUAGAAAUCCUCAUUGAGCACUUUGGCAAGAUUUAUUUAGGUCCACCUGAGGACAGCCAGGUGCCUCCCGUGCCUCCACCACGAGUGACACCAAGAAGGCACAAACCAAUCACAAUCUCAAAGCGUUUGCUGAGAGAAAAGACGGUGUUCUAUACUUCUUCCCUGGAUGAAAGUGAAGAUGAAACACAGCAUCAAACUCCUAAUGGUACAAUCACUAGCCACCUGGAUCCCCCCAAGCUACCACAGCACCUCAAACUACCCAUGCAGAAAAGUGGGGAAACUGACCCUGGAAGAAAGUCCCCAAGCAGACCUGUUUCUGACUGCCAAUCAGAGCCCUGCCUAGAGGCGGAUAUGGGGAAGGCGGUAUUUAGGUUGCAGGAUGGAGGGACCAAGGCAACUCCAAAGGCCUCUAAUGGACCUGUGCCAGGCUCCGGACCGACAAAGACUUCCUCGUUCCCUAUAACGAGACCAGCUCCCCGGCCAGUAGUUCACCACAAGGAAGGAGACACCGACUGUUUCAGCAAAGUUCGGCCCCUAGGAGAAAAGCAAACAAUCAUUCGUCCUCCAGUGAGGCCCCCAGACCCUCCUUGUCGGGCCAGUACUUCACAAAAGUCAGAGGCAAAGCCAGAAACAGUGGCGAGCAAUGCAGGGGAAAUCCCAUCAUCUGUGGUGGCAUCCAGGACCAGAUUCUUCGAAACAGCUUCCCGGAAAACUGGAAGUUCUCAAGGAAAACUUCCUGGAGAUGAUAGUUGAGGCCAAAGGUUCGAAAGGACUUGGCCUUGAGGGACUCUUUCCUGAAAGGGUCUACUUCAAAGCCUUGUGAGCUAUUGGUGCUGAAGAGCAGCUCAUUUCUGGCUUUGUAUCGUCCAUGUCUGGGAAGCUAUGAAAUAAGGAGCACAUGUAAUAGACACCUGUGUGUUUCUCCUUUUUAUUUUGUCUUCAUCUCCCCAGAAUCUUUGUUGUGAGCAGCUCCUAGGACACUGGAUGGCCGGAUUCUCAUGAGCUCCAAGCUCUACUGAAGUGAGAAUACCCACUGGCCUGUAUUGAAGAGGAGAGCCUCGUUUUUCCCUCUUCUCUGAACUUGUUUCCUUGAAGGUCAUUGGAUUCUUCAUGAUUCAGGGCUAAAGAUUGAUCUUAGUGUGUGUGU